UCUGAAAUAAAAUGAAGUUUGCAAAAUCAUCUAAAGAGAAUGUCCUCGAGAUGAACUUAAGCAAGAUGAACCAGACUAGGAAUAACAAAAGACCCAUCCACAACGACUCUGUGGAACUAGAUGCAGACAAUUUUGAAGAAUCUUGUCUUACUGAGUUAUCUAAGAAGAUGCCACCUAGCCGUUAUCUCUCUUUCAAGAAUUCUGAGAAUAAUGUCUGAUAUCUCAGCAAACAGAAAAGCUCAGAUUCUUCUCACAGAAGCAAGAUUACUCAGAGCUCUUUCACAGACACGAUGCUAGCACACCAGAACAAGAUCAUUAGGACUAGUCAGAAGUCUAGGAAGGGAAAAGUUACUAACCACUUAAUGAAGACUAAUAGUGAAUUAACAGAUACAAAGAAUUUAUUUAAAGAGAACCUACCUCAAUGCUUAUCAUUUCAGGAAAGAACCAACAAGUGCACAAAGCUAAAAACAAAGAUGAAAUAUAAAGAUGUAUACUCAUUAAGAGAUGAGAUUGAGGCACCUCCUAAUAUGGAUAUUGCCUCUUUAGAAGCCACCACAGAUAUUAACUCUAAAAGACUGAGUAGUAAUACGGUCUAUGAUUACCAGCUCUCAAUGUCAGAUAAGCAUAAAUUUAUGUCAGAGAACAACCCUGAACCGGAAUGGGACAAGAAGCGAUGCAGCUUAUUCAUACCUAACACAAAGACAUAUGUUCUCAGUAAAUCUCCGGUAGAUGAUCAGAGUCGGAACAGUAUGCCCCAGAAUAAAAAUAUGUACACAAAGAAGAAAUCUCGAAAGAUGACCUCCAGCUUCAAGAAAUCAACUCCAAAUACCAAGAAAAAGAGAAAAGCUGAUAAGAAAGGCAGGCUUGGGGAGGAUUACAGCUCAAUGGGUAGUUUCUACACUCCAAGAAUCAACAGAAAUAAAUCCAAUGCUUCUGUUUGUAUUCCUACUUUUAAGAAGAGUGCAAUAAAAUUGACUGAAAGAAAAUCUAUGUUCCAAGAUCAAUAUAAAUAUAAAAGCAAGAAGUACAAACAGAAGGAGAAGCUGCAACAAGACCACAGAAUGUUCCAAAAAUAAACUGAAUCGGAGAAAAUCAGAGAUUGGUUGUAGCUCCUCUACAACCCUCUUGAAAUCUACCAAGGGAGCUACAAAGCCUCUCUUCAAGUUAUUUGGAGGUGAAACUCUUAAUCAAACUGUUAAGAAAGAUAAUAAGAUUCAAAGCUUGAAACAAAGUUUGAAGAAGAGAGUCAUGGAGUAUAAGACAAUGCAUAGUAUAUGCAUUAACCAGAAAGACACUGGGGAUAAAAUUAACUUGAACAAGUCAAUGAGGCCAGGAAGGAUAAUACCCAUCAGUAAGGCAGUCACUAAUUGUCCAAACUCGAAACUUUUAUGAAAAUGUACAAAGUUUAGUGACCUUGAAGCACCUUAUAUUUAUUGAACUAAGAGUUAUGUGUGGCUUGCCAAUGCAUUCUGACAUUCCACCCCAGGAAGUUUCAGUAUCAGUAACAACAGAGAACUACAAAAAUUGAUAAAAGCUUAUAACAAAUGAUCAAAUAUGGAGAUAGAGAAAGCGACCGAAGAUCAAAUUCGGAAGGAUAUUGUCCGAACAUUUUCAAAUAACUCAGGGUGUCACUCCAUGUACAAGGUCCUAUCAGCUUACUCUAACCUUACUAAGAUGCAGAAUGAUCGACUUAAAAAGAAGGAAAGUGAGCCAGUACUAGCUGCAUAUGAAUCUGAGUUAAGACAGUGAGAAGAAACUCCCAGAUUCAUUAGCAGAUCUGAUAUUUUUAACAAUAACGAGAGUUCUGCUCAUACCGAAGUACAAGAAAGCUUCUGUGAAAUUUCCUUUGAAGACAACACUCAGUAUGUCCAAGGGAUGAACUUUAUUGUCGGAAUUCUGUGACACCAUCUCAGCCCAGAGCUAGCAUUUUGUUUAUUCGUCAAGCUAAUGAAGGAUUAUGACCUUGAGGAUAAUUACACUCCUGGGCUAUGAGGAUUUACUAAAAAGUCUGAAACAUUAACAAAUUUAAUCAAAAUAUAUCUGCCAGAUCUCUAUGAUUUCUUCGAAAGAAAGAGCAUCUUUCUUGAAAUGUUCACUGUGGAGCUCAUAAUGGGCCUCUGAGGGAGCAUCCUCCCAUUUGACAAUCUGGUUCGAUUUUAUGACUACUUCCUUUCGUACAAGUGGGACUACUUCUACGGCUUUAUCAUAAUGUUCCUGAAAGAAAUCCAAGGUGUGUUAAUGAGUAAAGAAGACCCUGCUGAAAUAAUUCAGAUUCUGAAGGAAUAUACAUUCAAUAAAACAUACAAGCAAGGCCCGAACAACAGAGAGCCUUAUCAGGAUGGUAAGAUGAGCCUAUCUUGGUCUCUGAUACUUUCAAAUGCUCUGGACUGGGUCCGUGAUUACAAAGUCUCAAGAUAGACCAAAUUAAUUUAACGGAUAAACUUAGGAUUUCUCAUUUA